GUGAGGAGACUUGACGCUGCAACCACCGCAGAACCAACACAUCCAGUAGCUUUCAACUUAAACACAGAGGUUGGGGGAUUUUGCAGCUUUUACGCACAGCGCCGGAGCGUCUGGCGACUUGUUUCUAGUUUGCCAGCAGCAGGUUGUGUUGAAGAUCUCGGUUCAUUUGAGCAGUUUGGGGUCGGACCUGUUGUCUACACAAUGUGGGGGGUCCAGCGGACGCGGUACGCAGACUGCAACGGCUCCGAGGCCAGCGAGGAGACGGAGGUCGUGGUGAAUAUCGGCGGAGUGAAGCAGGUGCUGUACCGGGACGUGUUGAGCCGCUACCCGGACACCCGGCUGGCUGAGCUGGUGGAUUGUUCCCUGAAGUCACCGGAGGAAAUAUCUUCACUGUGUGACGACUACGACCCGGACACCGGAGAGUUUUAUUUCGACAGGGACCCCGAGGCGUUCAAGUGUGUAAUUGAGUUGUAUUAUUAUGGAGAGAUCCACAUGAAAAGAGGAAUCUGCCCCAUUUGCUUUAUGAAGGAGAUGGAGUUCUGGAAGAUCGACUCGGAUUUCCUGGACGAGUGCUGCACCUGGCACCUGCAGGAGGUGGAGGAUGAACUUGCAGAGAUCGCGGAGAAAGUGAAAACUAUCCUGGUGGACAGGGAGGGAGACCCGUCUGCUGCGGGCUGGCAGCGCUUCCAGAUGUGCCUCUGGAAGCUGAUGGAGAAGCCGGAGUCCUCGAUGCCCGCGCGCAUCAUCGCGAUCAUCUCCUUCAUCUUCAUCCUCGUCUCCUCCGUGGUCAUGUGCGUCGGGACCCUCCCCGACGUGCAGGUGGAGGACGCAGAGGGAAACCUCACGGAGCACCCGACUCUGGAGGUCAUCGAGACGCUGUGCAUCUGCUGGUUCACUGUUGAAUACUUCCUCCGUCUCAUCUCCGCCCCCAACAAAAUCAAAUUCGUGCUGGCUUUCAUGAACAUCGUUGACUUCAUGGCGAUAAUGCCCUUCUUCGUGGUGCUCAUCCUCACCUCCUUCGGCGCCGGGAUGAUGGAGCUGGCUAACGUGCAGCAGGCGGUGCAGGCUUUACGCAUAAUGCGCAUAGCGCGCAUUUUCAAGCUGGCACGUCAUUCCUCCGGACUCCAGACGCUCACAUCUGCCCUGAAGAGCAGCUUCAAAGAGCUCGGGCUGCUCCUCAUGUACAUGGGCGUGGGGGUCUUCCUUUUCUCCGCACUGGGCUACACCAUGGAGCAGAGUCACCCGGACACCCUGUUCACCAGCAUCCCACAGUCCUUCUGGUGGGCUGUGAUCACCAUGACCACAGUGGGCUAUGGAGACGUCUACCCCAAGACCACUUUGGGUCGGUGCAACGCGGCCAUCAGCUUCCUCUGCGGGGUGAUCGCCAUUGCGCUGCCCAUCCACCCCAUCAUCAACAAUUUCGUGCUGUUCUACAACAAGCAACAGGUGCUGGAGACUGCGGCCAAGCACGAGAUCGAGCUGAUGGAGCUGCGCUCUGGCACCGGGGAGCUGGCGGCUGCACCCAGUGUGCACCAACACGUUUGCGGUGCGGGGGUGUGGGACGGCACCAUGCGCUCCUGCCACAGUGAGACAAACAUCCCUCUACUGAAGGAUCCCAGGGGAGGGGCCGGCCUGUCGACACCCAGCAAGGACACGAUCUUUGGAAGCACGGCUGAGACCACCGAGUAUUUUGUCUCGUGAACUAACAAACACACACUUGCAGAACAGAAUAACCACACAUCAGAAAUAAUUCUCUACUGUAGAUUUUUGAUUGAUUCAAACUUAACCUCUGGGUUAAUGACAGAAGGAUGACUUGAGAUUGUAAAUAGCCUCAAUACAAACUGCAGCCAUGGCCUCUGAGGACCUUCAUAUUUUGAAGAAUUGCACCUAUUAAGGGACACAUAUUGACUUGAUGAGCUUUGCCUUUGCGCAGUGACUCCCUGUGGGCUGGGGGGAACUGUUUGAACGUGGAUUCCCUCUAUGUAGACUCCUUAUAUCACUCCCCCAUCCCAAAUCCUCACAACCAGAUUGUAGACGGCACAGUAGCGUAUUACUCUGUACAGAAAUAUAUAUAUAUAUAUCACCGUGAAUGUUUGUUUUUUGAAGUAAUA